GGUUGGACUGCAGGACCCGGGCAGUUGCAGAGGACGCGGCGGAGCGAGCGAGCCGGCGGGUGAGAGAGAGAGGUGCGAGGACCAGGCCAUGGAGAGCCAAAUCCAGCGGGUUCGCGAGGCGUUCGCGUCCGGCCGGUCGCGCCCCGUGAAGUUUCGGCUGCAGCAGCUCGAGGCCCUGCGCAGGAUGGUGCAGGAGCGCGAGAAGGACAUCCUGGAGGCCCUCGCCGCCGACCUGUGCAAGAGUGAACUCAACGCAUACAGUCAGGAAGUCAUUACCAUUCUUGGCGAACUUGAUCUCGUGCUGGAGAAUCUUCCUGAAUGGGUUACUGCUAAACCGGCUCAGAAGAACCUGCUCACCAUGCUGGAUGAGGCCUAUGUUCAGCCGGAGCCCCUGGGAGUUGUACUGAUUAUUGGAGCUUGGAACUACCCCUUUGUUCUCACCAUUCAACCUCUGAUCGGAGCCAUUGCUGCAGGAAAUGCUGUCAUUAUCAAGCCUUCUGAACUAAGUGAAAAAACGGCAAAGAUCUUGACCGAACUCCUCCCACAGUAUUUGGACCAGGACUUGUACGCUGUUAUUAACGGUGGCGUCAAAGAGACCACGGAGCUCCUGAAGCAGCGGUUUGACCACAUUCUCUAUACGGGGAGCAUGGCGGUCGGGAAGAUUGUCAUGGAAGCCGCCGCCAAGCAUCUGACCCCCGUGACGCUGGAGCUGGGUGGGAAGAGCCCAUGUUAUGUCGACACGGAUUGUGACCUGGACGUUGCCUGCAGGCGUAUAACUUGGGGGAAGUACAUGAAUUGUGGCCAAACCUGCAUUGCUCCUGACUACGUUCUCUGUGAACCGUCCCUCCAGAAUCAAAUUGUGCAGAAGAUUAAGGAAACCCUGAAGGAAUUUUAUGGCGAAAAUAUAAAAGAAUCUCCUGAUUAUGAGCGGAUCAUCAACCUUCAUCAUUUUAAGAGGAUACUAAAUUUGCUUGAAGGACAAAAGAUCGCUUUCGGUGGGGAGACCGACGAGGCGACGCGCUACAUAGCCCCAACAAUCCUUACUGACGUCGAUCCUGAAGCCAAGGUGAUGCAAGAAGAAAUUUUCGGGCCAGUUCUUCCCAUCGUGUCCGUGAAGAAUGCCGACGAAGCCAUAAAAUUCAUAAACAGCCGUGAAAAGCCGCUAGCUUUCUACAUCUUUUCUCACAACAAUAAGCUUGUCCGACGGAUGAUCGACGGCACGUCCAGCGGCGGCGUCACCGCCAACGACGUUAUCAUGCACUUCACCCUCAGCUCGUUGCCCUUCGGAGGAGUGGGUUCUAGCGGCAUGGGAGCCUAUCACGGCAAAUACAGUUUCGAUACCUUCUCACAUCAACGUUCCUGUCUACUAAAAAGUUUAAAGAGGGAAGGUGCUAACAAGCUCAGGUAUCCUCCCAACAGCCAGUCAAAGGUGGAUUGGGCAAAAUUUUUCCUCCUGAAGCGCUUCAACAAAGGAAAACUCGCUCUGCUGUUACUGGCUUUCCUGGGCUUGGUGGUGGCCGUGCUGGCCAAGAAAUACCAAGCUGUGCUGAGGAGAAAGGCCUCAGAAAGGCCUGUUGCUUUUUCUGGCAUUUUAGACCGUGUUGUCCAGUAAGCCGUGACGGACAGCCGAUUCCACGACCCAGCUCCGUUAAGAGUGAGGCUGGAUACUGCUGAAGAAAGAUCCUGUUCAAUCUCCUGGUUGCCGCUACUGAAUUAUUCCUCUAUUAAAUAGCUAAUGAACCAGUCGUUUUAAAAAUCCUACCCAAAAUAGGGAAAUAUGCAAAUGCACCAUAAUCAACUCUCAAAGUCAUUGCCACUCCCCAGGGAUAAAACUUGCCAUCUCAGCCAAACCCCAGCCUUCCCCCCCACAGUGGGGGGGACUCGGAGAACCCAUUUUACAUGGUGUCACCCAGACCUUAGAGCUUGAGUCUAAGGGAGGAGCAUAGGAUAGGCUAAACCUGGACUCCUUGGGAGAUGUAGAGGAGUCUCCGAACCUGUUGAGUGACUUCUUCACUCCAGUUCGUGGGACACAGGACACCCCGCCCCCACCCCUGCUGCCUUCCACCAUCUUGCUGUGAAGCCGUCUGUCAGGGGCCCCUCCCUGCCCAGGGUUAUCCGAAACCAUCUGCAUCCAGAGAGGUGAGGCUAGACCUUUCCAGCUCUGCUUGAGGUUUGAGGCACUAGAAUUGUACAUGGGGUUGGCGGGGGGGGGGGGUCCCUGUCCCUCAUCCACUGGGACACAGGACUUGACUUUCAGGAGUCAACCCUCCUGUCAGAUGUACCGUCGGACCAGUGGGCUUCCUCCUUUCUCAGCCAUUCUCCACCCUCUCUCGUGUUUGGUUUGGGACAGUCUCUUGUGGCUGUCCAGAAAUGCCUUCUGCAAUUAAUACCACGCAAAUCAUCUUGUCCGCCCAGGGCGUCUGGGAAGACAAGUUGCCAAUUUCACGCAAGUAUCCUCGGUCAUUCUUCCUGUGUAGGAGUUGUAGGAUUCCGCAUCUCAUAAAACCUAACGGGCGUGUUUUUAUGCUGCAAUAAAAUGACUUAUAACAAUACUUACUCUCUCUCAGGAUCUUAAAGUUUCAAGUGAAUGGAUCUUCCAGGACAGAUCUUUAAGUUUCUUAUGUCUGUAGCGCAAUGCACAUAAAUUUCACUUUGCUACACUUUAGAGAGCUCCUUUUCUGAAUAAGUGCAGCCUUCAGGACCCAACGCGGAAAGCCAUUGCCUGUUGUGACCAAGAGGCCUCGGAUAUUCAGAACUUUGGAGCUGGAGAGCCUCAGGGGGCUGAUGGUGGAUCGUUUGGAGGAGAAGGACUCUGUAAGCCACAGCAGGCGGCCUUGUUGAAGGCGAUGGAGGGCAUAGGAAGGGGAUCUCUCCUGAGCACGGCCGAGACCUGAGACCCAGUGGGACAGAACCCAGUGGAGUGCAGCCUCCCUGCCCUGCCGUGGUGACUCUUGGCUGCAGGUGACCCUCCCCGCCUCUGCGCAACAAGAGAAUGUGUAGUCAGCUUGGUUGCGUGAAUCUCUUCCCAGGAAGGCUGAGUGUGUGAUCUUCAUCCCAGGAUGAGGUGUCAAGACUUCAUCACUAGGCUAGUCCAUCAGGAUAAUCGGUCAUAAAGUAUCUUAGACAGAAUUUCCAUGUGGAAUUUUCAUUUAGCAUAUUGUACGUUCUAAUUUCUAGUUCAACUAAAUUACUGGCUUGUCUAUUCGUGUAUCCUGCUUCAAAAUAAAUACAUUAUAUUUGCUAAAACUGGCA